UUCUGUUGUUGCGUCACUCUGAGGUUUUGCUUCCGAUUGGUCACAAACAGACCGCGCUGGCUGUAGCUCGAGCUCUGAUUGGUCGGUGGUUUCUGAAGUUCAUCGUGUUUACCACAGCUGAAUCAUGGCGAUUUUAACACGAAUAAUCUCCGUCCUGAAGCUCUACAUGGUCGGUGUGAAGCUUCUGCUUUAUCAGCUCAUUCACCGACCUUUUAUUUCUCCAGUUUUGCCAGAGCAGCGUGGAAAGGUUGCCAUAGUUACAGGAGGAACACGUGGAAUAGGAUACGAGAUCGUGAAGGGACUCCUAAAUCUGGGAAUGCGUGUUAUUAUAGCCUCUCAUGAUAAACAGCAAGGUCACCUUGCAAUGGAAAGACUUCGUAAAGAAAGUAGUGAAGCUCAAGUGGACUUUGAGGUUCUGGAUCUGGCCUCCCAGAAGUCUGUGCGGGAGUUUGCCAGAUGGUUUAAGGAACAAAAGCUUCCCUUACACAUACUUAUCAACAAUGCGGGUGUGAUGCUGCGUCCUGAGGAGAAAACGGACGACGGUUUUGAGCUUCACUUCUCCGUUAACUACCUAGGACACUUUCUCUUGACUCGGCUUCUAUUGGAUGCACUGAUGCAUUCUGGGAUGGGGGAAUUUUCUAGAGUAAUUAGCAUUUGCUCUUCAGCUCAUUACAUGUCUGAUAGAAACCUGCAGGAUUUUCACAGCACGAAGGAUUAUAGCUCCCAUGCCUCUUACACCCGAAGUAAGCUGGCUCAGCUGCUGUUCACCUACCACCUCCACCAGGAGCUCCAGUCCGGUGGCUACGCCGUGACGGUGAAUGCUGUAGACCCAGGCGUGGUGGACACUGAGCUGUACCGCAACAUGAGCUUUCUAGAAAAACUGGCACAAAAGCUCAUCGCCUCUGUGCUGUUCAGGACCCCAGAGCAGGCAGCAGAAACAGUCGUGUACGCAGCAGCGUCUCAGGACUUUGAAGGCGUUAGCGGCUGCUAUUUACACGAAGGAAAACCUGUAAAAUCGUCUACAGCUUCUUAUGAUUCCGAGCUCCAGGCUGAACUUUGGAGAAACACCUGCAGGCUGCUACGACUCCCAGCUAGCAUAAAGUAGAAGAUAUUAUACGACCACGAGGGAACUUAUUUGACUGACGAUAAGUGAAGGGUUUUACUGCUGUAAGCGUGAAGGCUUGUUAUUGUGUUUCUGACCAAUUUUAUUUACUUUUCUUUUCAUCUUAUUAUCAUCUUAUUAUGCUUUUUCCUUUUGUUGUGACCAGUUCUCUGUGCCGAAAGACUGUGAAAAUGUAAAUAACUUUAUUCUGCUAUAAAAAUGUGCAA